AUGACGUCACCUCCGGGUGCUGUCAUCGUGGCGGGCACGUCCCCGCAAUGCUGGCACUUUGGGUGUGGGGUUCACCCCAGCGGCCGGAUCCAGGCUGGCAGUGGCUGUGUCAAGCCUAAGCCUUGUUUCCCAGUGAAAUAUGUCAACAUGGCAUCUCGCCACUCCUCUGUGGCGCCUCUGGAGGGGCCCCAGUUAUUGAACUUUGCUUAUCAACUAGAAAUUUCCACCCUGUGCGAGAGGCUGCCCGUAGAGCAAUGCGAAAAUUCUGGGAAGGCGAAUUUGUUCCGAAUGCUCGGGUGGAGACUCGGACAGUGUCUGCCUUUGGCAAUGGUGGUACGGAUGGGUAUUUCAAGAGCAUGGUGCCUGCUCGGGCUGACCCUGGUUCUAACCUCUGCGGAGGACUUCUCCUGGACUAGGCAGAGUCCCGGCUCCUUCUAUUACAGCACUUUCCCCAAAGGGUUCCUUUGGGGCGUCGGAAGUUCAGCCUGCCAAACGGAAGGUGCUUGGGACAAAGCCGGGAAAGGCCCGAGUAUCUGGGACGCUUUUGGGCACCAGGGGGGAAAGGUGUUCAUGAACCACACAGCAGACUCGGCAUGUGAAAGCUACCAUAAGAUUAAGGACGAUAUCCAGCUACUGAAAGAACUGAAGGUCAACCACUAUUCGUUUUCUAUUUCCUGGCCCCGUGUGCUGCCCACAGGCAUUAAAUCAGAGAAAGUCAACAAGGAAGGCCUAGGAUUCUACAAUGAUACGAUCAACGCUUUAUUGGCAAACAAGAUCAUUCCCAUUGUAACCCUCUACUACUGGGAUCUGCCACAGGCUCUUCAACAAAAAUAUGGCGGCUGGCAGAACAUAAGCAUGACACGUUAUUUUAAGGAUUAUGCAGACCUGUGCUUUGAGAGCUUCGGGGACCGCGUGAAACACUGGAUUACUUUUAACAACCCUUGGGCAAUUGCUGAAGAGGGGUAUGAAACAGGGCGGCACGCGCCAGGCCAGAAGCUGGGCUCGGGUGGCGCUUAUAAAGCAGCACAUCACAUAAUCAAGGCUCAUGCGGAUGUGUGGCACUCUUAUCAAAAGAAAUGGCGCCGUCAGCAACAAGGCCUGGUGGGGAUCUCUUUACACAGCGCCUGGGGGGAACCCGUUGACCUGAGCAGCAAGACCGAUGUUGAAGUAGCGGAGAGGUACAUGCAGUUUUCCCUGGGAUGGUUUGCCAAUCCGCUCUACCACGGAGACUAUCCCGGAGUUAUGAAGGAGUAUGUAGGUAAAAAGAGCACCGAACAAGGAAUACCAUCAAGACUCCCAGCUUUUUCAGUGCAGGAGAAAAACUACGUUAAAGGCACCGUGGACUUCCUGGGAAUCAGUCAUUUCACUACCUAUUACAUUUCCCAGAAGAGCCACGCCCCUCCGGGAUUGAGUUAUUUCACCGAUCGCAACUUGGUGGAAUUGGUGGACCCCAAGUGGCCCGAGUCCGGCUCCAAGUGGCUAUAUUCUGUGCCCUGGGGCUUCCGGAGGUUACUCAACUUUGUCAAGGUACAAUACGGAAACCCGCUAAUUUAUGUGACGGAGAAUGGCAUCUCGGAAAAGUUGCCAUGUGCUCAGCUAUGUGACGACUGGAGAAUAGACUAUUUAAAGGGGUACAUUAAUGAGAUGCUAAAAGCCAUUAAGGACGGUGUUAACGUCCAGGGCUACACGGCAUGGUCUCUGCUGGAUAAAUUUGAAUGGAACCGAGGCUACUCUGAGAGAUUUGGACUCUAUUACGUUGAUUUUCAAAACCUGAACAAACCCCGAUAUCCAAAAGCAUCCGUUCACUAUUAUAAGAAAAUCAUCAAAGCGAAUGGGUUUCCUAAUGCGAAGGAGGUGGCAAGCUGGCAUCACCAGGCCUCGGAUAUUUGUUCUUCUAGCAGCCAGCUUCUUGUGACAGAGCCUUUGGCCUCGCACAUGGAAAUGGUGACCGAGAUUGUCGUGCCAACCGUUUUCACCCUCUGCAUUCUCAUCUGCGCCAUUCUACUGCUCCUUCUCCUCAGGAAGCGUCCGUAA